AUGAGCACACAGGCCGAAGCCCAUGAGGUCGACACCUUCCAUGUUCCCAAACCCUUUUUCACGAAAGGUCCUGGGAAAGCUCAUAUCAAGGACCUCGAUGAAUACUGGGCCAUGUACAAGGAGUCCAUUGAGCAGCCGGAGAAAUUCUGGGCAAAAAUGGCUCGAGAACUGCUGGACUGGGAAAGAGACUUCCAGACUGUCCGCACUGGCACUUUCACCAACGGCGACGCCGCUUGGUUCCUAGAGGGUCGCCUCAAUGCCAGCUAUAACUGCGUCGACCGCCACGCCAUCAAGAACCCCGACAAGCCUGCUGUGAUCUACGAGGCAGAUGAACCCGGGGAGGGCCGCGUGCUCACCUACGGCGAACUCCUCCGCGAAGUUUCACGAGUAGCCUAUACCCUGAAGCAGAUGGGCGUCAGGAAAGGCGACACUGUUGCCCUCUACCUACCCAUGAUUCCCGAAGCAAUCAUUUCGUUCCUCGCCGUUACCCGCAUUGGCGCCGUGCACUCGGUUGUCUUUGCCGGUUUCUCGUCUGGCUCACUGGCGGACCGAAUCAUUGACGCCAACUCCAAGGUCGUCAUCACUACCGACGAAGGAAAGCGUGGCGGCAAAUUGAUCGGGACCAAGAAAAUUGUGGAUGAGGCCCUGAAGAAAUGCCCCGAUGUCACUCGCGUGCUCGUCUACCAGAGGACAGGUGCGGACGUACCCUGGACGAAGGGCCGAGACUUCUGGUGGCAUGAAGAGACAGCGAAAUACCCCGCGUAUAUUUCACCGGAGCCCAUGGCAUCGGAAGAUCCUCUUUUCUUGCUCUACACAUCAGGCUCUACCGGCAAGCCUAAGGGGGUUAUGCAUUCGACCGCAGGCUACCUGUUAGGUGCUGCAGCGACCGGCAAGUACGUUUUCGAUAUCCACGACGAUGACGUCUUCUUCUGUGGUGGCGAUGUCGGUUGGAUCACUGGACACACCUACGUUGUAUACGCACCCCUCCUCCUCGGUGUCGCGACUGUGGUUUUUGAGGGCACGCCAGCUUACCCCAACUUCUCCCGCUACUGGGAUGUGAUCGACAAGCAUAGUGUGACACAGUUCUAUGUCGCACCCACUGCCCUCCGCCUGUUGAAGAGAGCCGGUGAUGAGCAUAUCCACCAUAAAAUGCACAAGUUGCGAGUUUUGGGCUCGGUUGGUGAGCCAAUUGCGGCCGAGGUCUGGAAGUGGUAUUUUGAAUCCGUCGGCAAAGAAGAAGCUCAUAUUGUGGACACCUACUGGCAGACCGAGACCGGCUCUCAUGUGAUUACACCGCUGGCCGGUGUGACGCCGACCAAACCUGGCAGUGCCUCACUCCCCUUCUUCGGUAUUGAACCCGCUAUCAUUGAUCCGGUCUCCGGCAAGGAAAUUGAGGGCAAUGACGUAGAGGGUGUCCUGGCAUUCAAGCAGCCGUGGCCCAGUAUGGCUCGAACUGUUUGGGGUGCACACCAGAGAUAUAUGGAUACCUAUUUGAAUGUGUACAAGGGCUACUACUUUACUGGUGACGGCGCCGGACGUGAUCAUGAAGGUUAUUACUGGAUCCGGGGUCGUGUUGACGACGUCGUCAAUGUCUCUGGCCAUCGUUUGUCCACCGCAGAAAUUGAGGCUGCCCUGAUCGAGCAUGACGGGGUCGCAGAAGCCGCCGUGGUCGGUAUCAACGACGAACUCACUGGCCAAGCGGUGAAUGCAUUUGUCUCACUGAAGGAUGGAGUGGAUGGCGGUGAACAGAUACGCAAGGACCUGAUCCUCCAAGUGCGGAAGUCCAUUGGUCCGUUUGCAGCACCAAAGGCCGUGUUCAUUGUCGACGAUCUCCCCAAGACUCGCUCCGGCAAGAUCAUGAGGCGAAUUUUGAGAAAGAUCCUGAGCGGAGAGGAAGACAGCCUUGGAGACACCUCAACCCUCAGCGAUCCUAGUGUGGUUGACAAAAUCAUUGAGACAGUCAAGUCGUCAAAGAAGAAGUGA